AUGACAGCUUAUCUUGAGAAAACAAAAGAGUUGCAAUCGACCUUCGACGAGUUCACAGUCAGUCAGGUGCCUAGGGAAAAUAAUAGUCACGCAGACGCCUUAGCCAACCUUGGGUCUUCCAUCCAGACAACCAGCCCCAAAACAAUCCCAAUGGUGUACCUCCAAUGGCCUGCUGUCUGGAAGAAAGAAGAAGAAGAAGAAGUAAAUGACGUCGCCAACGAAAAGACAUGGAUGACGCCCAUCAUCGAGUACUUAGAAAAAGAUGUGCUACCAGAAGAUAAGAAUGAAGCCCGAAGAGUCAAGGCUCAGGCAGCCAGAUUCUCAAUAAUACGAGGUAAGCUCUAUAAACGAUCCUAUUCUGGUCCAUAUUUGAGAUGUGUUAACCCUGCAGAAGCAAAAUAUAUACUAGCUGAGCUUCACGAGGGCGAAUGUGGCAACCAUUCGGGAGGCAGAAGCUUAGCACACCGGGCCCUCACACAAGGCUACUAUUGGCCUACUAUGAGAGCCGACUCAUCUGAAUAUACAAGACGGUGUGACAAAUGCCAACGUUUUGCACAAGUAUCCCAUCAGCCUCCUGAACGUCUCACAUCGAUCACAUCCCCAUGGCCCUUUAUGAAGUGGGGAAUGGACAUAGUUGGCAAAUUGCCAACUGCACACAGACGAAGAUACCCUCAAGCCAAUGGACAAGCAGAAUCGUCUAAUAAGACCAUCAUGAACACAAUCAAAAAACGGCUAGAGAAUGCAAAGGGUAGAUGGGUCGAUGAAUUGCCAGGAGUACUAUGGUCCUACCGCACAACAGCCAGAACAUCCACAGGAGAAACACCUUUCUCUCUAGCCUAUGGAAUGGAAGUGGUCAUACCAACAGAAAGUGAAGUCCCAACAGCUAGACAUGAACUGACUACAGAAAUGCAAAAUUGGGAAGACAUGUGCCACGAACUAGACACAGUCGACGAGAGAAGAGAAAGGGCAUCUAUAAGAAUGGCAGCCUACCAACAGUGUCUAGCAAAGCAUUACAACAAGAAUGCCCGUACUCGGUCAUUCAAGGUGGGAGACUGGGUGCUUCGUCGAGUUUUUCAAAACACCAAGGAAGCGGGAGCAGGUAAGCUAGCCCCAACAUGGGAAGGGCCCUACCUGAUCACUAAGGUAGUCGGCAAUGGAGCUUACAAAAUCCAAACGGACAAAGGACGAGACAUCAACAACAGUUGGAAUGCUAUUCACCUAAAGCAGUAUCACACUUAA